CGGCGGCCAAGGCCUCGGAGCUGGUGUUCCCGAGGACUCGGUCCCGUUAGCGCCAUGGGCAGCGGCUGCCGCAUCGAAUGCAUAUUUUUCAGCGAGUUCCAUCCCACGCUGGGACCCAAGAUCACCUAUCAGGUUCCUGAGGACUUCAUCUCCCGGGAGCUGUUUGACACGGUCCAGGUGUACAUCAUCACCAAGCCGGAGCUGCAGAACAAGCUCAUCACCGUCACAGCCAUGGAGAAGAAACUAAUUGGCUGCCCUGUGUGCAUCGAGCACAAGAAGUACAGCCGCAAUGCCCUGCUCUUCAACCUGGGCUUCGUGUGUGACGCCCAGGCCAAGACCUGCGCCCUUGAGCCCAUCGUCAAAAAGCUGGCGGGCUACCUGACCACACUGGAGGGCAGGCUGCCUGGGGGGUGCCCACCAUGCUGUCCGUGCUCCAUCCAGCUGGAGAGCAGCUUCGUGUCGUCGGAGGAGAGCAAGCAGAAGCUGGUGCCCAUCAUGACGAUCUUGCUGGAGGAGCUCAACGCCUCAGGCCGGUGUACUCUGCCCAUCGAUGAGUCCAACACCAUCCACCUGAAGGUGAUUGAGCAGCGGCCGGACCCUCCCGUCGUCCAGGAGUACGACGUGCCCGUCUUCACCGAGGACAAGGAGGACUUCUGCAACUCCCAGUGGGACCUCACCACGCAGCAGAUCCUGCCCUACAUCGAUGGCUUCCGCCACGUCCAGAAGAUCUCAGCCGAGGCAGACGUGGAGCUCAACCUGGUGCGCAUUGCCGUCCAGAACCUGCUGUACUACGGCGUGGUGACCCUGGCGUCCAUCCUCCAGUACUCCAACGUGUACUGCCCCACGCCCAAGGUGCAGGACCUGGUGGAUGACAAGUCCCUGCAAGAGGAGUGUCUGUCCUAUGUGACCAAGCAAGGGCACAAGAGGGCCAGCCUCCGGGACGUGUUCCAGCUGUACUCCAGCCUUAGCCCGGGCACGACCGUGCGGGACCUCAUCGGCCGCCACCCCCAGCAGCUCCAGCGCGUGGAUGAGCGGAGGCUGGUCCAGUUCGGGCUGAUGAAGAACCUCAUCCGGAGGCUGCAGAAGUACCCCGUGCGGGUGUCCCGGGAGGAGCGCAGCCACCCCGCCCGCCUCUACACCGGCUGCCACAGCUACGACGAGAUCUGCUGCAAGACAGGCAUGAGCUACCAGGAGCUGGAUGAACGGCUGGAAAAUGACCCCAACAUCAUCAUCUGCUGGAAGUGAGGCUGGAGGGGGCCGGACACAGCGGCAGCGACUCUCUCGCCAAGCCCUGCCUGGUGCCUGCAGGCUAGACCCACAGCCUCGUCUCUCCUGCCUCAAUGUUGACCCUCAAUGUCUGUAAAUAAAAUCCAUUUCACCCU